GAGAAUAAAUAGUCCUAAAGAAAGAAAAACAAUGGGUUUUUGGUCAGCCGGCGGUUUAUUGUCAUUCUAGUGGAACAGAUACAGGACAGUCAGUGUUGGGGCAUAUUUUCGUUUGUGUUACUGCACUAAAAAUUCAAGUAGAAAAUGAUGUGUAGUCACGGUGUUUCCACCGGUAGUGACCUGUCGAGGUUCUUGAACACACACUACCGUAAACGUUUCGCGGUAGCCAUGGCGACAGUACAUCAACUUCGCUGUGAGUGGACUGUAGCUGAGUUUGGCCUCAUCGAAAAUGUCAAAAAUAUCUGCUAUGAACAAAAGGGCGACACAGACGCUCGCUGAAAACAUUUCGAAACAAGUGGAGCACUUCAGUAAAAAAGAGGUUGAGUGCCUUAUCCGAGAGUUUAACGUGCUUAUGGCGGAGCAGAACAACUCUGGCAGAGCUGUGCACGGUCUGGACCGAGGGAAGUUCAUAAGCACACUGCACAGCAUCUUUGGACUGACUGAUGACAGGAUGACGGGUAGAGUCUUCAGGACAUUUGACAAAGACAAUGACAGUGUUGUCAGCAUGAAAGAGUGGAUCGAGGGACUGUCUGUCUUUCUUCGGGGGACCUUGGAUGAAAAAAUUAAAUACUGCUUCACUGUGUACGACCUGAAUGGUGACAACGCCAUCUCAAGAGAGGAGAUGCUUCAUAUGCUGAAGGGCAGGCUCAUCAGACAGCCCAAUGAGGAGGACCCUGACGAAGGAAUCAAAGACCUGGUGGAGAUCAUACUGAAGAAGAUGGACUAUGACCAUGAUGGCAAAUUGUCUUUUGAAGAUUUUGAAAAGGCUGUGAAAGAUGAGAACCUAUUGCUGGAAGCUUUUGGAACCUGCCUUCCUGACUUCAGGGUAAUCUGUAAUGAGAAUUUGCUAAGCUCUUUAAAUUUCCCCAUCAAAAAUUCUCAAUCUUACAGUUUGCUUUUCUUAUUUUUUUAGAGAAUC